UUUUAUGGGUAAAUUUUACAUUUCUGUAAAUAUAUGAAUUAGAAAUGGAAGUGUUGGUAUUUUACUUCCAACAUAUGAAACUCUAUUGAUUGAAUAGGUAAUCUAUAAUUUUGUUGUUUACUUCAUCUUUCCAAAUAGCAGAUUAGAAAGAAAAAGAGGGGCGGGGGGAAUUGAGGACAUUUGCUUCCUUGGGACAUUCAUAUAGCAAAGCUCCAUCUAUUCUUUGCUUCCACAUCAUAUUUUCUUACGAGGUUUUCUUGUGGUUAUUCAUGCAUAAGCAUGUGACUAUUUGUCAGAAAUGUGGUGACAAUGGGUGGGAUGUUGCUUUGAUCUACUGUGACAAUUGUCAGGUUUAUGCUGAGCAUCGGUAUUGCUUGGAUGUACUGCCCAACACAUUUCAUGAAUAUGUUACUUGGUUUUGUGUGGAUUGUGAACCAAAAGUUGGAAAAAAGCUAUCUACUAUCGACAAAGCUACCUUUCUCCCUUCUGCAAUAAGUCAUCCUAUAAAUUCAAAAAAUGUGCAAGCAACCCAAUCUAGAAUAGGAUUUAAGAAAAAGAUUUGUUCCCAAAGAUUGAAGAAUAGCAAGAAGGUUAAAAAGAAGAAAAUAAAGGUCACCACUGACUCUUUGGCUAAAGCGACCAUGGAAAUAUGUGAAAAUAGGCCUUCCCUUCAACUUAAUGAGACACAUUGUGGUAAGAUAUUUGAAAAGGAUCAGAAGCUUGGACAGGAUUUGAGACUAGUACUUACAGAUGACACCAAUUCCAAUGACGAGGUUGGAUAUCUUAACCAUUCGCUUCAAUUGUGUGAGAUGCACUGUGGUGAGAAUUGUGAAGGUCAGAAGCUUGGGCAAGAGGCGGGAGUGGAUCUGAAAGAUGGGGCCAAUUUGGAGGAAGUGGCUGAAUCUGUUACCCCUUCUCUUCGAUGCAGUGAGAUGCGUAAUGAUGAGAAUUGUGAAAAACUUCAGAAGCUUAGACUGGAUCUGAAAGAUAAAACUAAUGCUGAUGUAGAAGCUGAAUCUGUUAAAACCUCCCACAUAGCUAUGCGGGACCCUUCCAACAUCUUAGAACACAAAUGUCAUGUCCGUUCACAGCCUAUCAUUGAUCGUAUCUGGAGGGGAAGUUUAUCCAUCUGCAAUAAACGUUUUGGCACUGUUGGCCUUGUAGCUCAUUUGUCUAACUUAGCGUGCCCUAAAGUCUUCGAGGAGGCGAAAUUGAUACCAGGUUUGCUUUCUGCAGAAUUGCUUUGUAGGUCUGGUGUGUGGCCAAAAGGUUUUGGGGAGAGGGGUCCAACUGAUCAGAGUAUCGCUCUUUAUUUCUUUCCGGAAAAUGAAAGUGACGAAAAAGCUUUUCAGAUCCUGGUGGAUAGCAUGAUUGGCCAAGACCUUGCCCUGAGAUCCGUGGUGCAAAAUGCAGAGCUUUUGGUUUUCUCUUCUAAAUUACUGCCUCCGAAAUAUUGGAGAUUUCAGGCAAAAUUUUAUUUGUGGGGAGUUUUUAGGAAAAAGCAAGCUGUGUGUGUAAAAAAUGCAGCGGUCUGUGAAGUGGAGGAAAACCUUACAGGUGCCAAAACCUGGGAUCGGAGGGCUCCUGUUCGUCCUUUAAGCAACAGCGGUAGUUAUGGUUCUAGCUCACUAUAUUCUAUCCGCGCUCCAGUGUUUUGAUUUUGUUCAUCAGAACUUGUAUAGUGUUUGGGGUUUCUCUCUUUCUAUCCUCCUCCUCCCCCUCCCCCUCCCCCUCCCCCCUCUCCCCUGGUCUCUUUUGUUUUUCUUUUAUCUUGUUCUAUUUUUGUAGGUGAGGUGGGGUGUGAUUGCCAAAAAAAAGUAGUCACUUAGCCUGACAAUGCUGAUUUUGAGAACUCUUCAGGGAACAGGGACAUGCAUAUGGAACAGGAAUUGGCAAGUAGAAAAUCCUCCAGUGUCCUAGUCAUUUAGGCAAUUUUUGGCUUGGAUAAGAUGCUUUGAAGGUUCUCAUUUUUCUGACUAACACAUACUGGCAAAACAAAUAAAUAAGGCCCUAGAGCAUCUCCAACAA